AUGGUUGGCGGUGACGGAGGUCAGCCCUUUAGAGACGCCGAGCGUCAGUCAAACUUGCGACAGAUUAACAUACGAUGUGCCCGCCGCGUCGACAGUCUGCAGUGCAUCUACGCAGACGGUAGCAGCUCGGAAAAACAUGGGGGAGAUGGCGGCAGAGAUGAAAUCUUCGCCCUCGAUUCAGACGAGGCAAUCAUUACGGUCUGGAUAUGGUCCGGUAGUGAGAUCGACGCCAUCCAGUUUCAGACCACGAAGGGGCGACUGUCUCCCAAGUACGGCGGCAGCGGCGGCGACCCGACCAUCUUUCGCGGCCAUGACGGCACGCGGGAACGAGCUCUGAUGGCCUUUGAAGGCCGCUCGGGGGAUAUCCUCAAUUCGUUGGAUCCGAUAUGGUCGAAUGCGCGCGAGCUGGACAGUGAACAUGUUGCAGUGGGAGAUGCCCAGGGUGGCGACGGAGGCGAUCCAUUCGACAUGCUCACCACCGUCAGCAAUGCAUUCCCCUUCGUCCUGAAGGCCAUCCACAUCCGAGCGGCUAGAACCGUAGACGCGAUCGAGUGUGUCUUCGCCGACAUCGACGGUCGCGAAGUCCGAACGGGCCGUCAGGGAGGAGACGGAGGCGACGCCUACGUCUUCACGCUAGAAAACAACGAGCGCAUCAUACGUGUCGAGGGUCGGGCUGAACAACUCAUCGAUAGAUUGCAGUUCUUCACGAACAAGGGCCGUGCCAGCCAGACAUACGGUGGCGACGGAGGUCACGCAUUCGUUUGGAACCCACCAUUUUCCGGACACGACUCGGCCGCCGAUGCCAAUAUGUCCCUUAUGUGUUUCCAAGGCCGAUCCGCUCGCCGUGUAGACCGCCUAGCUCCGGUAUGGUCCCCCGAUCCGCCAGUCAACUUCGCCCUGAGCAUCGACUGGUUCGAGGACAUCAGCUCGGCCAUCACCAGCAGCCCAGAGACGGCCUGGACUAGCGAUCAGAGCGUCGUCAACACGACGAUGGACAAUAUGUCGGCCAAGGUAGUGUGGGCCAUGCAGGCGUCCAAGUCCUCGACCAUCACGCUGUCCGACUCGAGCCGCAACAAGGUCGGCGGCAAGGUGGCCUUCGAGGUCACCGCGAAGGGCAAGCGUGGCAUCCCGUACGUCGCCGAGGGCGAGGUCUCGGUCAAGGCCGGCGUCGAGGCCAGCGGCGAGAAGGAAUGGGGCAACACGGCGACAGAUGGCAAGACUGUGUCGCGCACAUACACUGAGACCAUCGAGCAGACCGUUACCGUCCGGCCCAGCAUGCAGCUACAGGGCCGGGCCGUGGCGUAUAAGGUGGCUGUCCAUGACCUCAAAUGGAGGGGCAACAUCACCGUCACUUAUGCCGGGGGUGGGAAGAGGACCUUUGCUGUCGAUGGCACCUUUGACAGUGCCAGCGCGACUAAGUGCCAUACCACCUACGAGACCAAGCCUCUGUAG